AUGGCCGUCCCCACCUCCACCUCCUCUUCGCUCCCACUCCUCUUCCUCCAUCGCGGCACCGCAAACCCUAGCCCCGCGGUUCUCUCCUUCCCGUCCUCCCUCCGUGGCGUGUCCCUCCGCUCCCGGGCUGCCGCCGCACCGCCUGCAGAGACCCUUUCUGACGACGGUAUCCCCGACGCGCCACCGGAAGGGGAGGGAACGGGAAUUCCGUUGCCAUCGUCGAUUGGGGAUGAUGGGGAGCAGUUAUUGUAUGGAACUGCUGGAAAAGAAAUUGUUACAAGGCCUUGUGCACAGUUGGGCUCCUCUCAUAGUGAUUCUUUAGAUGUAUCACAAGAGAAAAUAGUGAUAAUAAACAGAUACGGAGAGAAACUUGUUGGUGUUUUGCAUGAAGCUGGAUCUAAGGACCUUGUAGUGUUGUGCCACGGAUUUAGGUCAUCAAAGGAAAGUAGAACUCUGUUAAGUCUUGCUGAUGCAUUGACAUCAGAAAAUAUCGGCAUAUUUCGUUUUGAUUUUUCUGCAAUGGAGAAAGUGAAGCGUGACACCCAUGCUGUUGCUGGCCACAGUAAGGGAGGAAAUGUGGUUAUCCUCUAUGCAUCCAUGUAUCACGAUAUAUCUAAAGUUAUUAACCUGUCUGGAAGGUUUAAUCUGGAACGUGGAAUUGGAGAUCAUUUUGGAAAUGAUUACAUGGAAAGGAUUAAUCAGCAUGGUUUCAUUGAUGUGGAAGACAAAACAGGACGUAUCAUCUACCGCGUGACCAAAGAAAGUCUGAUGGAUCGUCUUAAGACAGAUAUGCACUCUGCAUGCUUGUCUAUUGACUCAAAACUGCAGGGUGUUGACAGACAUGGUGCUAAUGAUGAUGUUGUGCCAUCAGAGGAUGCUCUAGAGUUUGAUAAGUAUAUAAGCAACCAUGAAUUGCAUAUUAUUGAAAGAGCUGAUCAUAGAUAUGCAUCUCAUCAUCUUGAAUUAGCUGCAAUUCUCGCACCCAAGCAGAAGAUCAGAAUCAAGCUGCGGUCCUACUGGGUGCCGUUGAUAGAGGACUCCUGCAAGAAGAUAAUUGAAGCUGCCAAAACAACCAACGCAAAGACCAUGGGUCCCGUUCCUCUGCCCACUAAGCGGAGAGUCUAUUGUGUGCUCAACUCUCCUCACGUGCACAAGGACUCACGGUUCCAUUUCGAGAUCCGGACGCAUCAGCGGCUGAUUGAUAUCAUGUAUCCAACUGCCCAAACAAUUGAUUCACUGAUGCAACUCCAGCUCCCUGCCGGUGUGGAUGUUGAGGUUAAGCUAUGA